AUGCACUCUUUAUUCUCAAAAGAGAAAUGCUUUCUCACAUCUACUGAUUGGCAAUCUGUGAUGAAACAACAAUUCGACUCUACUUUCCCCGCCGUCAUCUUUGCCCAAGUCGAAGAGCUCUUUGCUUACUACACCACCAUACCGUGCUUCAUCCACCAAUUCUUCGACCUCAGACAAGCCGAUCCAACGCAUGAAAAAACGCAGUUGAAGGCAUCUAAGCUUCUAAACGAUGCCCUCGACAUGCAAAACAAAUUGUCCACUUGGUAUGACAAGUUCAGUCAAACAGCGCCUCUUCCAACAGAAGUCCUUUCAUCAAUGGGCGACACCUUGUAUCCAAUAGUGUACUCGUUCACAGAUGUCGAUACCGCAACGAUCUUCGCCGCGUAUUAUUCGUACAUGGUGAUUAUCCAUGCGAUUCUAGGGGCGUGUCACUACCCCGGCGAACAUGCGGCUAUGGUUGUGUACUACCGAGACCAGAUCUGCAUGUCCGUUGAAUUCAACGCUCAAGGAAUGUUAGGUCCCUCUCGACUGGGAUUUCCUUUGCUCGUGGUUAAUGAGUUUGCGGACCCUCCGAUGAAGCUGUGGGUUCAGGGUUGGUUACAACGACUUUCAAAGACUUAUAAAGUUAUGCUGCCGCAGAAUUAUGAACGUAAAUGA